UGUUUCCUUAGUGGCUUGAGUCCAGCAAAUGACAGCGGAGCCAAAAAGAAGAAAAAGAAACCGAAAAGGAAGAAAGAGAAAGGAGGAGAGCAACCUGAGCAGGCCCAGGAGCAGCCCGUGAAGGUGAACUCUUUACCGGCUGAGAGGAUCCAGGAGAUUCAAAAAGCCAUCGAGCUCUUCUCUGUAGGACAGGGACCUGCCAAAACCAUGGAGGAAGCCAGCAAGCGGAGCUACCAGUUCUGGGACACGCAGCCGGUGCCCAAGCUCGGAGAAGUGGUGAACACCCACGGUCCCGUGGAACCAGACAAAGACAACAUCCGUCAGGAGCCGUACACCUUGCCCCAGGGCUUCACCUGGGAUGCCCUGGACCUUGGUGACAGAGGCGUGCUGAAGGAGCUCUACACGCUUCUGAACGAGAACUACGUGGAAGACGAUGACAACAUGUUCCGCUUCGAUUACUCUCCCGAGUUCCUGCUGUGGGCGCUGCGUCCGCCAGGCUGGCUGCCCCAGUGGCACUGCGGUGUCAGAGUUGUCUCCAGCAAGAAGCUGGUGGGAUUCAUCAGCGCGAUUCCAGCCACCAUCCACAUCUACGACACAGAGAAGAAGAUGGUGGAAAUAAAUUUCCUGUGUGUCCACAAAAAGCUGCGCUCCAAACGAGUGGCUCCAGUUCUGAUCCGGGAGAUCACGCGGCGGGUUCAUCUGGAGGGAAUAUUUCAGGCUGUUUACACUGCCGGAGUGGUGCUGCCAAAGCCUGUGGGGACUUGCAGGUACUGGCAUCGGUCCCUGAAUCCUCGGAAACUCAUCGAAGUCAAGUUUUCCCACCUGAGCAGGAACAUGACUAUGCAACGUACCAUGAAGCUUUAUCGGCUGCCGGAGACUCCCAAGACUCCCGGCUUGCGGCCAAUGGAGCACAAAGACAUUUCUGCAGUGCACAAGCUCCUGACCGAAUACCUGAAGCAGUUCCACCUGACGCCUGUCAUGAGCCGAGAGGAGGUGGAGCACUGGUUCUUACCUCAAGAGAACAUCAUUGACACCUUUGUGGUAGAGAGCGCCCCUGGGGAGGUGACAGACUUCCUGAGCUUCUACACGCUGCCCUCCACCAUCAUGAACCACACGACCCACAAGAGUCUCAAAGCUGCUUAUUCCUUCUACAACGUGCACACCAAGACACCUCUCCUCGACCUCAUGGGCGACGCUCUCAUCCUUGCCAAGUCGAAAGGAUUCGACGUGUUCAAUGCACUGGAUCUCAUGGAAAACAAAACCUUCCUGGAGAAGCUGAAGUUUGGGAUCGGGGACGGGAACCUGCAGUAUUACCUGUACAAUUGGAAGUGUCCCAGCAUGGCACCAGAGAAGGUUGGACUGGUGUUGCAGUAAGCGAGCCCUGCGAGGAGAGCGCUGCGAGGAGGAGCUGGGCCCGCGAGACGCUGCCCUCGC